GCCCCUGGGCGCCGGAAGAGGACGGACCUAAGAUGGCGGCGCCCAUGGGUGCCAGGAGGAGCCGCUCAUGUCGGGGAACGGAGCGGUGUGGGGGCGCGUGCGAGGUCGCCUCCGCGCCUUCCCCGAGCGCCUAGCGGCCUGUGGGGCCGAGGCCGCGGCCUACGGCAGGUGCGUGCAGGCGUCCACGGCCCCAGGCGGCCGCCUGACGAAGGACCUCUGUGCGCAGGAGUUCGAGGCCCUGCGGAGCUGCUUCGCCGCCGCGGUAGGCCAAGAAGACUCUAAGGGGAGGCCGUUAGGAUGGAUGAACCAGCAAUGCACUUCUGUUUACUGCCUCAGGGAGCAGAGCCAGACGCCCAGUGCUGACGGCCCCAAAGGGUAAACGUCAAAAACAUCUAAAGCCUGUAGAGCUGAAAGGACUUCGGGCGCGUCAGGGCGAGUUGUGGACAGAGGGCGAGUUGGUUUUCCUGCAUCGUGUGCCUGAGGAUUCGGGUUAGAGUAAGACAAUGAAGCAACAAUAAAGACCGUGGCAGACCACA